UGUCGGUUGCCAAAAAAUAUAAAAAACGGAAUGGUGUGUUUAGGUGGCUGUAAAGAUAAUUUUUAAACUUGCACAAACCGAGACUUAAAAUUAAAUUUAAAGAUUGCACAAUGCAAUUUACCCUGAUCUUUGGACUUCUCCUAGCUGGGGGAUUCUAUUCCCAGCUGGAAUUAGCAGAAGGAGCCAAGAUUCUGGCAGUAUAUGCCUAUCCAGGCAAAUCUCAUUUCAUGAUGCACAAUGCAUUAAUGAGAGAACUUGUUGAAAGUGGCCAUCAGGUGACCAUGAUCACGGCCUUUUCCCUGGAGAAAGAACAGCUGGGCGAGAACUUCACGGAGAUCCUAAUAGAACCUGUAUAUGAUUACUGGAACGAUGUCAAGCAGAACUUUAAAGCCGAUCACCUGUUCGAGCUGACCCGACUGACCAGCCAUGAUUUCCUGAAGAUGCUCGAGAUCAUAGGUCUCAAGACCACGGAACAUGCUCUCAAGCAGCCCAAGGUUCAGGCUCUCAUCCAUGCCCAGGAGACGGAGGGGGUCUUUGAUCUCCUCCUGGCGGAGCAAUUCUACCAAGAGGCCUUCUUGGCUUUUGCCAAGAUUUACAAGAUACCAGUGGUGACCACGAGCACUCUUAGUUAUGAGAACAACAUGAGCCAGAUGAUGGGUCUGAUUUCACCUUGGUCCUUUGUCCCUCACGGUUUCUCGCCCUUUACGGAUCGCAUGAAUUUUCUGGAGAGAGUGACGAACUCGUAUGUGUCUUUGUACGAGGAUUUGCAAAGGCUCCUCAGCUACUUUCCCAAAAUGGAUGCCGUGACAAGGGAGUUCUUUGGUCCCGUUCUGGGUGAAGUGCCAAAGGUAAGGCACAUGGAGCGCCAAAUCUCUCUGAUGCUACUUAAUGGUCAUGCACCAAUGACCACGGCACGCCCCACGGUGGAUGCCAUGGUCCCAGUGGGUGGCAUGCAUAUAUAUCCGCCCAAAGCUCUUCCCCAGGACAUGCAGGCCUUCUUGGACGGUGCCGGCGAAGCAGGCGCCAUUUACUUCAGCCUGGGCAGCAAUGUCCAGAGCAAGGACAUGCCGCCAGAGAUGCUGAGCCUGUUCCUGCGGGUCUUUGGUUCCCUCCAGCAGCGGGUUCUUUGGAAAUUCGAGGACGAAAGCAUUGGCCAGCUGCCGGAGAAUGUGAUGGUACGCAAGUGGAUGCCCCAGGCGGAUAUUCUGGCCCAUCGCCACGUCAAGGUGUUCAUCACGCACGGCGGCCUCUUCGGCACCCAGGAGGGUGUCCACUAUGCAGUGCCCAUGCUGGGAAUACCCAUCUACUGUGAUCAGCACUUGAAUAUAAACCAAGCCGUGCUGGGGGGCUAUGCCAUCAGUCUACACUUCCAGUCCAUCACCGAGGAGAGCCUACGGCACUCCUUGCAUCAACUCCUGCAUAAUAGCACCUACAAGGAAACCAUUCAGCGGAUGUCAAACAUCUUCAGGGAUAGACCUCAGGAUCCUCGACGAACCGCUGUCUACUGGAUCGAGUAUGUCAUCCGGCAUGGAGGAGCUCCGCACAUGCGAUCCGCUGGCUUGGACCUCAAUUGGUUCCAGUUCUAUUUGCUGGAUGUGAUUGGCUUUGCUGUAGUCAUUUUGAUAGCUGGAAUCCUGACCAUUUGGCUAGCUAUUCGACUGCUGAUGCGCAGUUACAAGAAGCUCAGGAAAACUAAGAAUGAGUAG